CACUCGGCGGCUGCCGCUUCCAUGGCAGGCCUCCACGGCGAUCAUCUUCAAGGAGCGAUGCACCACCACGAUUUACACGGCAACUCGCACCACGACGCCUCCAUGCUGCACAAUUCCAACCAUCAGUUGCACGAGCCGCUGGAGAAGCUGAAACGUGUAUGGGCACAGGGCGACUUCCGGGACGAGGUGACCGGGGGUUUGGCAAGGCUCGAUUUGACGGGUCACGGAGCUCACACUCCCGGUGGAAGCAACCCCAGCACACCGGGUGCGACACCCACGACACCCUCCGGUGGAUUUUCUACCGCACAACCUAGGUCCCGCACGAACACGACACACAGGCCGGAUAUCCGAAAAGAUGUUGCGACACCGACAGAGGUGAAACACGAAUUGGGAGCCGGUGGAGGGGUUGUCUCCCCUGACGGUGUGGUUGGGGUAAAUAACGCGGACGAUAAGGAUGGAAAGAAGAACAAACGCCAGAGGCGGCAGAGGACGCAUUUCACGUCCCAACAACUUCAAGAGCUCGAAGCUUUGUUCAUGAGGAAUCGGUAUCCAGAUAUGUCGACCAGGGAAGAAAUAGGUCUGUUCACCAAACUUCCAGAACCUCGUGUCAGGGUAUGGUUCAAAAAUAGGCGGGCGAAGUGGCGGAAACAGACGCGGAACGCGAACACCGCGGCGGAUACGGUUGACUUCAAGCCCGGUUUCGGCGCCAGCCUGAACAGCUUCAUCGGCCAACCGUUCGCAGACCCGGACGCCCUCUACAGCUCGUACAGCCCGUACAACAACUGGGCGGCCAAAGUGCCCUCGCCUCUGAGCAGCAAAAGCUUCCCCUGGGUGAACACCCUGGGCUCGGUGGUUCCGACGGCGUCCUUAACAUUUGCUUAA